AUGUCGUACCCCGGCGACCCCCCGGCCGACUACGAGACGCCGUCCUUCCCGUCGCUCAACGUCCGCACCCUGCAGGACUUCACGCCCCAGCGGACCUACACGCUCUACUACAUCUCGGACGUGUGGAAGUUCACCGUCAUGUGGACCCUCCUCACCUACACGUUCUUCCACCUCGGCGCCGUGCUCGUGGCCCUGUUCAGCCACGGGUUGAACAAGGCGUCGUGGCGGUUCCUGUGGGCCGUGCCCAUCACCUACCUCCUCACCGCGGGCAUCGAGGCCGUCCUGGCCGGCAGCAUCGUCGGGCUCGUGCUCGGAGCGGUGUACAAAGCCGGGUACUACGAGAUGAACACGUGGAUCCCCUGCACGUGGGGGUUCAUCAACGUCCUGGUUCUGAUCAUCUCGUCCUUUUCCGUGAACGGGGGUCUCUGA